CUUCAUUAAACCAGUUGCAUUGUCCUGUUUUUAAAUUCAGUUAUAACUCAGACAUUUAAAUUAAUGUGACAGAUUAUCCCAAACAAGCUUAGAGGAGGUUUUUACAUUUAUUUAUAAGAUCGAUAUGUGGAUGUUUGGAACUGAUUAGAAAGCUAAUGAGGGAGGAUUGACAGAUUUAUUUACUGACCUUUAUUUAACUGGGAAAAUUCCAAUUAUGAAAACCAAUUUCUACCACUUCCUACAAAUAAAAGUUACAUUUAAAUAAGCCUAUCACUUUUAUACUGGUCAAAAUAAAAUAAAUUGUUAAGCAUGCAGUAGAUUAUGUAUUUAGAUCAGUAAUUUAUUUCAUUAAGUUCACACAAUUGACUAGAAUGUACUCAAAAUAACAUUUUAUAUUUCCUUCACACCUGCCCAUCACCUUCAUCUCCUACCUGAGACAUCCUGUCCUCCUACCUGAGACACUCUGCCCUACCUGCUGCCUCUACCUCUGUAUUCAGCUCCUACAUCAACAGAUAGAUUAAGUAUUAUGUUUUUUACUGCCACCUGAAUUCAGUCAGCUUUAAAAAGUCAAGAAAAUAACGUGUAAAUUAUGAAGCUAGCAGAUUAAAUUAGGGAAAUAAUCUGUGAUUUAUGAAUGUCAAUCAUAACAGGGAAUCAAUAAAUAUCAUCAGAGUGGACCUGGACUCAAUCUUAGCAUUAAAAUACAGUUUAACUUGUUAAAAAACCUCAAAAAUAGAUAAUGUCAUCAUUAAAUGAAUGCUAACGUUAGCUGAUAGAUAACUAGCUGCAAGCUAACUUUUCAUAAGAAAAAUAACUGUCCUGUCCUACAUUUUGACUUAUUUUUGAUCCUUUGUAAAGAAUAAAGUUUUUCAAGAGCUGGACGUUAUCAAACCAUUACCUGCUCCAGUAGUUUUGAGGCUCUGACCACCACGUUGUUUUACAGCAGGCAGCUAGCGAGUUGGUAUGGAAUUCUGGAGUUGGUAAAUAUUUACAGGUGAGUGGUUUCUUACAGAGUUCAAGGAUGGGUGCAGCUCAGAGGAGAAGGCUUGGAUCAAGGCAGGUGAGUAUAAACAGGUUUCCAACAGGUUUGAGGCAGGUGAGCAGUUUGGUUAUUAGAGGUUGGAGGCAGACAGGUAGGUGAUUGAGCAGGCUUGUUUUCCUUGCAGCUGGGGGGCACAGAGAUUAUGCAGGAAGAGUGGUCCAAAGCAACACUGGUUCCACGGGUUGAUCUUUCAGGAUUACUGAACACAGAGACAGAACAGGUAAGAURCUUAAGAUCAAUCUUAAACAAGAAAAAGCUCAGGACUAAUACCAUAUGGUAAGAGUUGCUSCKSCGAGGACCAGAUCUUCAGUGCAGCCUUAUAAAGCCAAGUUGCUCACAAGGAAGGCCUGUCUGCAGAUGAGGUCAAUCAGGAGCUGGCCAAUCAGGAGGCAGGAAUCCCUCAACACAGUUUCUAAGUGCGGUAACGCACCUUUCAGUUGUUUGCCUAUCGCCAAAAAAAGAAACAAAGAAGAAGAAGAAGAAGAGGAGGAGGAGGAGAAGAAGAAGAGUUUCUAAGUUUGAAACUCUCAGUUAGAAUUGAGAAAACUCUUUCAACAAUUAAAUUUCUUCCAGAUUCAAAAAAGAGUUUCAGUUGCCUUCAGUUCAUCUCAUAAGGAAGAUACACCACAGUUUUGAUUUAAAUGUAAAUGAAGUCAGUGGAGUGGUUUUGCUUUUAUUGCACCUAUUUAGAUAACUAAUUGACAAGCCUCCUCCAUCAUGCUUUUGAUGUUGUAUACACAGAGAGGGCUCCACCCAGAGCAAAACUCUGAAGCUAUAAAACCACUGCGAAUUUACUCUGGGCACCUUUUCCGUUCUUUAUCAAGAAACGAACAUUUGCGUUUGAGGUGACGUUUGAAUUUGACAGAUUGCUCUUGAAGCCUUGGAGGUUUGAGACAUGGACAGUAAGCAGGUUUAUCUCCCCUCACUGGUGUUCCUUCUGAGUUUGGUGUCUUUGGUAAAAUGCUCUAACUGGUGCUACACAGGCUGUGCUGAAACCCCAUCCCAUUGGGAAGAGAUGCCAGGAUCCAGCUGUGGAGGACAGCGCCAGUCUCCAGUUAAUAUUGUCACCAGUAAUGUUACAGCUGACCUGGCACUCAACGAUUUCAUCUUCGUCAACUUCUCCUCCCAGCACACCAUCAAGUUGGUCGGAUUUAAUGGACAUUCAGUGCAAUGCACACUGAUGGAUAAUGAAGUUGAAGUGAGCGGAGGGGGUCUAAAUGGAACAUAUUCUGCAACUCAGUUUCACUUUCACUGGGGUGAUAAAGAACCUCAUCCAGGGUCAGAGCACACCAUUGAUGACAACAGAUAUCCAGCAGAGAUGCACAUCCUCACUAUAAAGAAAGGUGUCACUACAGAGGAGGCCAAAAAUCAGUCUGAUGGGUUUGCUGUUCUUGGGUUUUUCAUAAAUGGAACAGAUAAUGGAGAUUUGUCAGGAGCGUGGCACACGCUCACCUCGACAAACAUCACAGGGAGUAGCGUCGAUGUUGAAGURAGCUUUAACUUCUCUAUCGAUGAUUUGCUUGGAGACGUAAACCGGAAACAGUUCUAUCGAUACCACGGCUCCCUGACCACCCCUGACUGUGACGAAGCUGUCGUGUGGACCAUCUUUCAUGAGCCGAUCCAAGUCCCCCACAACCUGAUUAAUCGUUUUUCUGAGAACACAGACCUCGUGAACAACUUCCGACCUGCGCAACCACUUUACGGACGCAAGGUCACUGCCUCUCCUGCAACUCCUCUACCUCCUGUUUCAGAACAUCACUGGUGCUAUGAUAGUCACUGCUAUUACAGUCCGCCCCAAUGGAGCGAAAUGCCUGAUUCCUACUGUGGYGGCCAAAGUCAGUCCCCCAUCAACAUUGACACUCAUAGCGUUGUGAUGGAUAACACUCUUGGCUCCUUCACUUUUAAAAAUUUUGACAAGGGCGCCAUCAACUACAUCACCAACACAGGCCACACAGUGGAGUGUGUACUGAAAGACAACAUGGUGGAGGUGUCCGGAGGCGGGUUGAAGCACGCAUACUCCACCCUUCAGCUCCACUUCCACUGGGGCACCAAAGCAGCUAACUCUGAGGGUUCGGAGCACACGGUGGAUUCACACAGAUACCCAAUGGAGCUGCACAUAGUCAGCAAGAGGAAGGAUUUAACUUUGAAAGAGGCGCUACAGACUUCUGAUGGCCUGGCGGUGCUUGGAUUUUUUAUUGAGGAUUCACAAAGUAGUAAGAGAAUCACCUCCAGCUCAGGGGUUUCAUCGUCUGACAUGAGACCCUGGACAAAACUAACCAGUUACUUCUCAGCUAUCCAAAACAUUAGCUCACAGGUUAAAGUCACAGAUGUGAUCUCUAUUGAUGACUUGCUUGGCAGCGUCAACCGUGAUUCGUAUUAUCGCUACAGCGGUUCCCUCACUACCCCGUCAUGCAACGAAGCUGUGGUUUGGACGGUCUUUAAAGAUACAGUUAAGCUGGAUCACAACCUGAUGAUGAUGUUCCCAAAAUACACAACAUUUCAAGACAUUUAUCGACCCAUACAAAGUGUGAACAACAGAAAAAUCUACUCCACAUCUGCAGCGGAAGCCCUACGAUCCAUCUUACUUUAUCCUCUGUUGGGAUGUCUCUUUGCACUUGUUCCGUAAUUUGGAUUUGACAAAAAAUACUGUAAUACAAAAAGUGGGUUGAGCAUAUAUCAAACAAUGAUACAGACAAUAUGAGAAUAUACAAUUACCAUAUAAUCUUUGAAUAAGCUAACCAGGAGAUAGAUAAAUAACAUAAAUUGUUUUCUUGUGAUAAAAGACCGCAUAUAAGUGCUUUUAUAAUAUCAGAGAAAAGAAACUGAUCCGUCUGAUUGUGUUAUUUCCUGCACAUAAAUUAAAACAAAACAUGUACAGAAUCGUGUAAAAGGAAAUAUGUAGUAUUCUUUGUGUGUAGUUAUUUUUAAAUUUUGCAGAUUUGUGAAAAAGAAAAAAUAUAUACUGUUAGUUGUGCUUUUAUUUUGUGAGAAUGUGAUGCAUAUUUGUGAUGAUGAACAUAAAUUAAAUGACACCGUUUAAGUGGUAAAUCUCUUCA